AGAUUAUAAAUUGUAAACCGAGCCAAACAGGCACUGAUAAUCAUUCUCAUUCAAUAUUCCAUAUACCCCUUUGCCGAACAAUCAUAAGCUCCUACGUAAAUAUCUCUUUGCCUUUUCGUCUCUUCUCUUAACUAAGCUCUUUGAUUGGUUCAGCUUGCAGACCUUCAAACAUGGAGCCAAAGUGUGCAAUCAAGAAAGAUGCUACUGAACUAAUAGGUAAUACCCCAAUGGUAUAUCUGAAUAACAUAGUGGAGGGGUGCGUGGCCCGCAUUGCUGCUAAGUUAGAAUCCAUGCAACCCUGCUUCAGUAUCAAAGAUAGGACAGCAUUUAGCAUGAUCAAAGAUGCUGAGGAAAAAGGUCUCAUUACCCCGGGAAAGAGUGUUGUUGUGGAGGCUACGAGUGGGAACACCGGCAUUGGAAUGGCAUUCGUAGCAAUUUUGAAGGGCUACAAGGUAAUAGUUGCAAUGCCAGCUUCGGUGAGUCUGGAGAGAAAAAUUGUGCUUCUAGCCUUCGGAGCUGAGGUGCAUCUCACAGACCCUGCCAAAGGAACCGAUGAAGUUCUUAGGAAGGCAGAGGAGAUAGUGAAUAACACCCCCGGCAGUUACAUGCUGCGCCAGAUUGAUAAUCCUGCCAAUCCAAAAGUUCAUUAUGAGAGUACUGGGCCUGAGAUAUGGAGAGACUCCGGUGGGAAAGUUGAUGCUUUGGUUGCAGGGGUAGGAACAGGGGGCACAAUAACGGGUGCUGGCAGAUUUCUCAAGGAGAGGAACCCCAAUGUCAAGUUGUACGGUGUAGAACCAGUUGAAAGUGCAGUUCUUAGUGGAGGACCUCCAGGUGAUCACCUAAUCCAAGGGAUUGGUAAUGGUAUCAUUCCGAAUGUACUGGAUGUUAAUCUCCUAGAUGAAGUCAUCCAGAUAUCAAGUGUAGAAGCAAUAGAAACUGCUAAGCUGCUUGCUUUAAAAGAAGGUUUGUUGAUGGGAAUUUCAUCAGGUGCCGCAGCAGCCGCUGCCAUAAAAUUGGGGAAGAGACCUGAAAAUGCCGGAAAACUCAUCGUUGUGGUAUUUCCCAGUUAUGGAGAGCGUUAUUUGUCAUCACCAUUGUUCGAAUCCAUUAGGCAUGAAGCUGAACAAAUGACAUUUCAUUAAGAUAAUCUCCUAAGUAAUUCUGCUCUCUGAAUUUUAUGGUAUCAGAGUAUUUUUGUUUUUUGUGUAAUGAUCAUCUGUUCAUGAGGAUCCACCACUUGUUUGACUUCAAUAAUGCAAAAGAAUUUUGCAAGAGAA